AGUAUAAAUAAGCCCUAAUUCCCUUCGUUUAUUUCCCGCAAAGAAUUGGAUUUUGGGAAACACUCUUCAUUCAUCCAUUAGGGUUUGUUCGCACACACAGCGAUGGAAGCAAUCACGGAGGCAGUGAACAACAUCGACAUCUCCGAUUCUUACAAGAAGAAUCGCAUUCAGGUUUCCAACACCAAGAAGCCCCUCUUCUUCUACGUCAAUCUCGCCAAGAGGUACAUGCAACAGCACAAUGAUGUUGAGCUCUCAGCACUUGGAAUGGCUAUUGCCACUGUGGUUACUGUUGCUGAAAUUCUGAAAAACAAUGGGCUUGCUGUUGAAAAGAAAAUCACAACUUCAACUGUUGAGAUAAAGGAUGAUUCUAGAAUUAGACCUGUCCAAAAGGCCAAGAUUGAAAUAUUGCUUGGGAAGACCGCAAACUUUGAUGAGUUGAUGGCUGCUGCUGCGGCUACAGCUGCUGCUGAAGAUGGUGAAAAUGGAGAUGUUGAAGAGGACACUGCUUGAAGUUCAUGAGUAUCACACAUGGAUCGGAUGAAAAUAUGUACUCUUUAACGACUUUGCGGUUGCGCGUGUGUUAUCUGUAGUUAGCAGACAAGCAUAGAAUUCAUUAUAGACUGAGACUCGAUGUUGAACUACUUAUUUGCUUCAUUUCUUCAACUUAUAAAUAGAGGCUUUUUGUGUC